AUCACGAAACGGAACGCCAAACCAAAUCCAUGACUGAACAACUGAACCGGGAGUACGACAUCGGCGACGAGAUCGGCCGCGGGCGUUUCGGCGUGGUCCGGCGCUGUGUCUCCCGCGCCACGGGUGACGCCUUCGCCGUGAAGUCCGUGGACCGGUCCCUCCUCGGCGACGACCUGGACCGCGCGCUGGCGGAGCUGGAGCCGAAGCUGGCGCGGCUCGCGGGGGGCGAGGGCGACGGGAACCCGGGCGUCUUGCAGGUGCGCGCCGUCUACGAGGACGACGCCUGGACGCACACGGUCAUGGACCUCUGCACGGGGCCCGACCUGCUGGACUGGAUCCGCCUCCGGCGCGGCGCGCCCGUGCCCGAGCCCGACGCCGCGCGCGUCGUCGCGCAGCUGGCCGAGGCGCUCGCGGGCUGCCACCGCCGCGGCGUCGUCCACCGCGACGUCAAGCCCGACAACGUGCUCCUGGACGUGGACCCCGCCGGCGAGGCGCCCCCGCGGGUCCGGCUCGCGGACUUCGGCUCCGCCGCGUGGCUCGGCGAGGGCGCGCGGGGCCGCGCCGAGGGGCUCGUGGGCACCCCGCACUACGUCGCGCCCGAGGUGGUGGCCGGCGGCGAGUACGGCGAGAAGGUGGACGUCUGGAGCGCCGGGGUGGUGAUGUACGCGCUGCUCUCCGGCGGCGCGCUGCCCUUCGGCGGCGAGACGGCCGCGGACGUGUUCGCGGCCGUGCUACGCGGCAGCCUCAGGUUCCCGCCCGCUCUGUUCGCCGGGGUCUCGCCGGCGGCGAAGGAUCUGAUGCGGCGGAUGAUGUGCCGCGACGUCUCGCGAAGGUUCUCCGCCGAGCAAGUCCUCAGGCACCCGUGGAUCCAGAGCGGAGGCGGAGGCCGAGAGCUGGUGCGGCCAACCUGAGCAGCCAUAUAUCGAACGAGACCUGAACCGAUCGAGUAUCAUCGUAGCAGUCCGGUGGGUGUGUACUCCCCCGAUGAGUGUUGUGCAGACGUCUCUGUAUAUCCAGUAAGCAGGCGGCGGCGGCGGCGGCGAGUGUGAGACUGGAGAUCGUCGUUUCGCCGCACCUCGCCCGUGUGUGUGUGUGUGUGAUGGUGACCUGGGCCGUUUUCCUCUUUUGCCUUGUGGGCCUUUUUUCGGGCCGCCCUCUUUGCUUGGGAGUUAAACGUCGUGCGACGAUGAUCUGUUAUGUCCAACCGUCCAUGUACAAAUGAAGUUUGAGCUUUCUCG